AUGGUUAGGAUGACGACACUGUGCGUACGACACACUUACGCUUGUACUGAAGUGGCCAUAGAAGAUCUGAUAAUGCACACCAGAAAGAUUGGCGUCAACGGACUGACGCAGACAAGACACCGUCACCGACCGGAUUCCGUGUAUGACACUGGAGAAGCACUGUUCCUAAAAACAUGCAAGAGCAGAGGAGUCGAUGAAGUCCAUGUCUUCGUCAACAAGAGCAUGAUGACCAUCGCCUCCGUCGAACAACUUAAGACCCGAAUCGGACGUCUGCGAAUGAGACGGUCAAAAAGGCAGAUUGGGCGAUAG